AUGGCCUUGGACACAACACGCCCGUCGGUCGCCCUCCCCCAGGGCAAGGCCGUUGGUGUUCAACUUGAAAACAACUUUCCCCAGUCCGUCGAUGCCUUUCUCGGUAUUCCAUAUGCUCGGCCCCCUGUCGGUGACUUGCGCUUCAGACCUGCUGCCAAACUCCCCGAGUCAACAGAGCUCAUUGACGCGUCAAGGUAUGGCCCCGCAGCGCCAGGAAAAGCUUUGCUUCCAGGCCCAGCCCUCGAACAGAGUGAAGACUGCCUCACCGUGAAUGUCUUCCGACCAUCGACUCAGGCCAAUACUGCAAAUAAGCUUCCAGUAGCCAUCUAUAUCCAUGGCGGUGCGUUCAAUCGGGGAUCGGCGGCGAUGCAUAAAACCGCGUCAAUGGUUGCUUGGCCGCAGGAACCCUUCGUCGCCGUCAGUUUUGGCUACCGCAUCGGGGCUCUAGGAUUUUUGCCAUCAACUUUGUCCGAGAAGGAAGGGGUUUUGAAUUUGGGUUUGCGAGACCAAGUGUUCCUAUUCCAAUGGGUGCAAGAGAAUAUCGCGCAGUUUGGAGGCGAUCCCGAGACUGUCACUCUAUUUGGUCUCUCUGCUGGAGCCCAUUCCAUUGGACACCAUCUCCUCAACUACGAUGCACAGAAAGCUCCUCUCUUCCAUCGUGUUAUCCUCGAAUCCGGUGCCCCAACAUCCCGCGCCGUCCGUCCCUACGACGCCACAGUCCAUGAAGAACAAUUCCGCGAUCUUCUUCGAGAAGUCAGUUGCCCUCCAGCCCUUCCAGAGUCGGAAAUCUUCCCAUAUCUUCGGUCUUUACCCAGCUCAGUCAUAACCGAUGCCCAAACUGCCGUGUUCGACAAGUAUAACCCAUCCUUGCGCUGGGCCUUCCAACCCGUGAUUGACGGGGAUAUCAUCCCCCGUAAGCCGCUCGAUGCAUGGACCUCAGGCCAAUGGCACAAAGUAUCGAUCAUGACCGGCUUCAACACAAACGAGGGGACAAUGUACGUGGACAAAGGGAUGACUGGCCCGGCCCAAUUUCGCGACUUCUGGCAAAAGCUUCUCCCUCAGCUCUCUUCAUCCGACCUCGACACCAUUGACAGACUUUAUCCCGAUCCCAGCGCUGAUUCAAACUCGCCAUACAUUGAAACUCGAGCAGGGCUCGAGUUAGGACCCCAAUACAAGCGAAUUGAGGCGGCCUACGGCCAUUAUGCAUACGUUGCGCCUGUGCGCCAAACAGCACAUUUCGCCGCCUCCACCAAGGAGAACACUCCCCCGGUAUACCUUUACAACUGGGCGCUACCAAGGACAGUAAUAGGUCGCGCAAACCACGGCGAUAACAUGUACUACGAGACCUACAACGACGAUAUCACAGGUAUUUCUGAGUCACAGAAGGAGCUUUCGGGUACAUUGCAUGCGUACGUAACUAGUUUCAUCACACACGGAGACCCGAAUGCCGUUCCUGGGAGGUACGCAGCGCGGCCGGUGUGGAAGUCUUAUAAGCCCGCUAACCCAGGUAUCUUGAUAUUUGGAGAAGACAACGAGGAGCUGAUUGGGGGUUCUAUCGCCCCGGCUGCGAAGUUUGUGCCUGAUGAGUGGGCCAGAGAGGAGACGGAGUUUUGGUGGGGGAAGGUUGAGAUUUCGCAGCUUGCGUGA